AUGAACGGGACCUUUUUCAACCAGACUGUCAUGGAGCAAGGAGUUUAUUCCAACAGGACCCAGGACCUGGGCACUUUGAUGGGUUGUUGCAACGGCACCAGCUCGGUGGUGGCCAGUGAUGGUGGGUCGUCCAUCCUGCUGCCCGACGAGCGGAGCCUCUACAUUACGCGGGUGGUCCAGAUUGCUGUGCUCUGCAUCCUCUCCUUAACUGUGGUGUUUGGGAUCUUCUUUUUGGGCUGCAACUUGCUCAUCAAGUCGGAGAGCAUGAUUAACUUUUUGGUCAAGGACCGCAGACCGUCGAAGGACGUGGGAUCUGCCAUCAUGGGGCUGUACUGAGAGGAUACCGGGAGUCUGUAGGCAAGCGAACGGUAUGGCAUUCCGGUCGAGAGGUGCAAUCCCAUGCACAUGGUGGGGCCGGGUGCGGA